ACGUCCAAGAUACUAGAAAGAUUAUUUUUGACAGGUCAAGAAUAAGCUUCGGGUUUCUCCGAGUGCGCGACUUCAUGUUUAACAUUUGAAGGUUCCAAUCUUCCGGGUUGUCGAUGAAGAACGGACCUUGAAGCCUUCAGACAGGACGCCAAGUUUUCAGUCGAGCCAGAAUGUUUUUACGAUUCGCACUUUAACGAGUGGCCUGCACCUAAGACAACUAUGCCUGCGGUCAACACUUGCACUCUUGCUUCGCAUGCACCAAUCGCGCCAUUUGCAGGAUGAUGUGCGAAUACAGCAUCAUGUGACCUUACUUACAACAACCAGACAACAUCCCAAAGGACUACAAUCCCAGCCUCACAUUCAAGACAACCCAAACUUCCACAAUGGCAGACCCAGCCAACUUCUCCAUUAUCUCAAACAUUCUCUACUUCGCCUACGGCACCAACCUCUCCCCCACCCAACUCUCCCUCCGCUGCACCCACACCCGUUCUUCCUCCAACCCCGUCGCCAUCGCCCGCCUCUCUUCUUACAAAUGGUUCAUCCAGCGCCGCGGCUGCGCAAACAUCAAACCCUCACCCUCAACCUCACCUUGCGCGUCCGAAGACGAAGUCUGGGGCGUCCUUUACGCCAUGCACCCCGCCGACGUCGCUAUCCUGGACACCUACGAAGGCGUUGAUCUGGAUGCAUCUAAUUCUAAGGACACGAGGGGUAUGACCGAAAGACCGACUGAACAGGGUAGGGGACGGCAUAACAAGGUGUACCUUGAAGUGGAUGUUGUGCGGUGGCUUGUUAGGGAGAAAGAAGGCGAGGAUAGGGUGAGAGCAUUGGUGUAUGUUGAUGAGAAGGAUACUGAGGAGGGUGCUGUGAGGGAUAAUUAUGUUGGCAGGAUGAAUAGAGGGGUUAGGGAGGCGCUGGAGCUAGGGUUAAGUAAGGAGUGGGUAGAGAGGGUGGUGAGGAGGUGGGUUUUGGAGGGGGUGGAGGCGGAGGAAGGGUAUGUAGGUGGAGAGAACAGAGGGUUGUAAGGUGGGUGUGCAUAUUAGUCGAUCGGUGAUGAGUUUGGUACAUGUGAGGGCGUGUCAAACGUCGAAG